GCGCUGUUCGUGACGUUGAUCUAGACAGUGAUUAUUCAUCAGAAAGUGAGGAUGAUUCCAACAGUGACGAUGAUACAUGUGACCGCAAUAGUACCGGUAAUCAAGAGUCGCAAAAGCAGGUUACAAAGACCCCAUGUCCAACUGCAAAGAACACACCUACCACAACGAUGAGGAAGAGAACAAGAGCUGAGAUACAAACAGAAAAUAUGGCAGAAGAUUAUUUUGUAGCCCAUAGUGAUAGAACAGUUACAUCCGAUCGUACUCUUGCUCGACUCAAGAAUCCCAAAAUGAGUAGUCAACAUUUGAAAAGUAUGUUGCACAGCGCCCCCACCAGUCAUGUUGAGGACACAGAACUACUCUACCAAGAACACCGUGGAAUUUUCAAUCGAUGGAUGUUUCAAAUGUUGGAUGGAUUUAACAUUCUCCUAUAUGGAUUGGGAUCCAAGCGUGUCCUGAUGGAUCAAUUCAGGAACAUGAUGUUACAAGACAUAUCCCAUCUCGUCAUCAAUGGAUUUUUUCCAAGUAUCACUCUAAAAAAU